UGCCGUUUGGAAUUUCGCGUAAAGGCCCAGACAAAAUAACAAACCACAUGAAGAUAUUGUUACGUAUACCGGCCAUGGUCAACUGUUUAUUUUUGUUGUAAACUCAAUAAAGUUCAUCCAAACUUAAAGCUGAAAAUGGAGCCAUCAGAUCCUGCCAAAAAUGAGGGAGGCAGUGGAUACAGGCGGCGCCUUUCCUCAAUUUUGAAAGCACCAAGGAAAUCAAUCAGAGUACCAGACCAAGAGCAACAGGAAAAUAAGGUGGAGUGUGCCAAACCAGUGGAAAAGAGAAAUUCCAGAAGAGUCAGUUUUGCCCCUGCCAAUGAUGUUCUUCUGUUUUCAAAGGAUGUAAAAAAUGUCUCUCCUGCUCAGAGUCCCUUACAAGCAUUAAUGGCAGCAACAGCAGCAGACCCACAAAACAGGGUGCAGUUUGCGAUCACAGAAGAUGGGAUUCAACAAAUUACAGGAAUGGACACCUUGUUAAAUGCUCCUCUACAUGCCUCUCAACAAAAUGAUAAGGUCACCCUUGAUUCUGGCAUGGAAUUUGGGGAGAGAACAGUGAUGUUUUCAACAGAGGAUGCGUUCAUGGACAUGACCCACUGCCACACCAUAAACAUAGCCAGGGAUGAAGAACUUGCUGAUAUUUCCUUGCAGAACUAUCACAUUUUACCCACUGGAGGAGAGAAAACAGUGAUUUUCUCUGCAGAUGAUGGCUCAAUGGAUAUGACCAUGAAUCAAUCAGUAAACAUGCCAAGUGGAACAGCAUCUCUACCCACCAGCAGGAGCAUGGAUUCAAGAGCAGAGAAGGAAAACAAGUCUUCGUCAGUGUCUCCUUUGGAUGCUGAUUUUGGAAACUUCCUUGCAAGCCUCUCCAAACCAGGUCGCCCUAGUGUAAACCCCAUAGUCACCAGAAAGACGUCUACUGUCGGGGUAUCUUCUGGACAACCAAACAACUCCCUGGCCCUGAGUAGAACACAACAGGCUGAUGUGGAUAAGGAAAAUCAGCCGCCUUCUUCUGUUUCCGUGGUUAUGGAGAAGACAUUAAACAUGCCCAGUGCACUCUAUCCAGAGGAUGAUGUGAGCAUGGAUAUGACAGAAGCUCAGACAGGACGCAUUCAGGCUUUUGAUGAUGAUGAUGAUGAUGAUGAUGAUGAUGGGCCUUUUAAGUGUCUUUUCCCUUCACAAGAAAUGUACUCCCAACUUGGCAACAAAUUCUCACAGACAUCGGGGAAGACCAAGCAGCAGCAGAGUAGGAAAACGAUGCCAGCUCUCAACUCUAAAGAUAUGACAUCCAUGAAGAAUCCUCCCCCACGUGUGUCUCUACCAGGACAACAGUUCAACUUUGAGCAGAAAGAAGAACACAGAGAGAAAACCAUUGUGUUUUCUGCGAGUGAAGACUUUAUGGACAUGACCAAGAGUCACACUGUAAACAUCUCCAGUGGUUCAUUUCUUCCUCCAAGUAAAAAUUUGGGCAUUCUUCAGAGUGGAAGAAUAAUUGACAACACAGCAUCUGAACAGGGAAGAAAAGUUGAGAAUCGGUCAGCAAAGGACGUGGAUGAAGGAUUUAAAAACUUCCUAGCAAGUCUUACCAAAUCAAGCGCUCGCAGUGCUAAACCUGUGAGCACUGGUGUGGUUCCUCCUCCAGCAGCUUCCAAGAGCUUUGGAGAAACAUUUAAAGGAGAAGCAAUCCGUCCAGACAAGGAUACUAGCAUGGAGGGACUCCCUGGUUCAGAUGACCCUUUUCAGUUUCUUGUUCCCACCAAAGACAUGUACCAGAACAGUGACAGUCUGCAGAGUGCAAAGAUGACUUCAGGACAGAAGAACAGCAAAGUACAAGAAUCUUCUAAUUGUGCAGGUUUCGAAACUUCAUUGAAGCCAUCUUUGAAGUCAAAGGUUCAGAGAAAUGAGGUUGAAUAUGAUUUUGAAGAAGACUGCAGAGAGAAAACAGUGAGGUUUUCUGCAGAUGAUUCAGCCAUGGAUGUGACUAGGAGCUACACUGUAAAUAUUGCAACUGAUGUUGUCAAAAAGUUGCACCAGAAUGUGGAGUCUUUACCUGCAUGCGGAGAGAAAACAGUGAGAUUCAAUGCAAAUGAUGCAGCCAUGGAUGUGACUAGGAGCUACACUGUAAAUAUUGCUACUAGUUUGGAUGCACAACAAAAAGAGGAUUUCCUGUCAGCUUGUGGAGACAAGACACUGAGGUUUACUGAAAAGGAGGCAGCUAUGGAUGUCACACAAAGUCACACAGUAAAUAUCGCUACCAAUUUGGAUCAAGAAGUACUGCAGGGUGUUGAUCUCUUACCUUCAUGUGAAGACAAGACGCUAAGAUUUGAUGGUAAUGAUGCAGCCAUGGAUGUAACCCAGUGCCACACUGUAAACAUCUCUGGUUCAUUUCUUCCUUCAAGUACAGAUGAGGACAUUCUUCAGAGUGGAAGAAAAAUGGACAAUGUGGCAUCUCAACAGAGAAGAAAAACUGAGAACCUGUCAGCAAAGGAUGUGGAUGAAGGAUUUAAAAACUUCCUAGCAAGUCUUACCAAAUCAAGCGCACCCAGCGCUAAACCUGUGAGCACUGGCGUGGUUCCUCCUCCAGCAGCUUCCAAGAGCUUUGGAGAAACAUUUAAAGGAGAAGCAAUCCAUCCAGACAAGGAUACUAACAUGGAGGGACUCCCUGGUUCAGAUGACCCUUUUCAGUUUCUUGUUCCCACCAAAGACAUGUACCAGAACAGUGACAGUCUGCAGAGUGCAAAGAUGACUUCAGGACAGAAGAACAACAAAGUACAAGAACCUUCUAAUCGUGCAGGUUUCGAAACUUCAUUGAAGCCAUCUUUGAAGUCAAAGGUUCAGAGAAAUGAGGUUGAAUAUGAUUUUGAAGAAGACUGCAGAGAGAAAACAGUGAGGUUUUCUGCAGAUGAUGCAGCCAUGGAUGUGACUAGGAGCUACACUGUAAAUAUUGCAACUGAUGUUGUCAAACAGUUGCACCAGAAUUUGGACUCUUUACCAGCCUGUGGAGAAAAAACAGUGAGGUUCAGUGCAGACGAUGCAGCCAUGGAUGUGACUAGGAGCUACACUGUAAAUAUUGCAACUGAUGUUGUCAAAGAGCCUCACCAAAAUGUGGACUUUUUACCUGCCUGUGGAGAGAAAACAGUGAGGUUCAGUGCAGAUGAUGCAGCCAUGGAUGUGACUAGGAGCUACACUGUAAAUAUUGCAACUGAUGUCAAAGAGCCUCACCAAAAUGUGGACUCUUUACCUGCCUGUGCAGAGAAAACAGUGAGGUUUUCUGCAGACGAUGCUGCCAUGGAUGUGACUAGGAGCUACACUGUAAAUAUUGCAACUGAUGUUGUCAAAGAGCCUCACCAAAAUGUGGACUCUUUACUACCCUGUGGAGAGAAAACAGUGAGGUUCAGUGCAGAUGAUGCAGCCAUGGAUGAGACAAGAAGUUGCACUGUAAAUAUUGCCACCAAUGAUGCAGCCAUGGAUGAAACCCAGUGCCUCGCUGUAAAUAUUACAAGAAGUUCAGCUCCAGAUUCAGUUAUUCCAAACCAAGAUUCCAAUUCCAUAACCACCCAGAAAGAUGAUGUUUUUCAUGGAAUGAGUAGAGAAAUUGAACAAUAUCAUCCACAUAGAAACAGAUCUUUACCAGCAAACUCUUUGGAUUCAGGAUUAAAAAUCUCCCAGCCCAGAACUAGUCGCUCUUGGGGUAAUUCUCGUUUAACUAAAGGGGACCCUCAAGAAACUGAAGACCCAGAUGCCUUCCUAGAUGACCCUAAAACACAGAAGAAUGAUGUGAAUGGAGGAAAAGCAGCAAAUGAAAACAUGACAGCAGCUGAUGUUAGCAUGGAUAUGAAUGAAGCUCAAACUGGCCAAAUUCUAAAUCCUGUAUCUGGAGAUGAAUCACCUCAAGUCUGUUCAUCCACACAAGAAAUGGAUCUUGAUUCUGACCAGUCUAAGAAAACAGAAAUGUCUUUACAGAACAAUAAAGUACCAGAAGCAUCCUGCACAGAUGAUGUGAAAACAGCAAAUCGUACAGAUUCUCUUGACUCAAAUGAAAGUGAGAUAUGGAAAGAACCAGAACCAAAAAAUCAAACUUUCUCUUUAGCUCAGAAGACUGAAAGCUCACCUGCUGCUAUUGAUGAUGAGGCAGCGGUUUCACGAAAGUUUAGAAGGAAAAGUUUAGCUGAUCUUCAAUCAAAACUCAGACGUUUGAGCCAUUUGCUAAACACAGCUCCUGAUGCUGUUCCCAUGGAAAGCUGUACAGUGACGUUGCCUGUGCUGGACCAAAACAUGGACAAAAGUCCCAAAGACAAAACAAAUUCCCUGCCACUUGUCGAGCCUGAAUCUGAACUUGGGUUUGUGACCACUGAAGAAGAUGCACAUGCUCAAUGUCUGCUGCAAGAAGGAGAAACCUCCACUGCUACUACAACUCCAUUCAAGCUGAAGACCAAACAACUCAUGUCAAGACUCUCAGUUGGAGGCUUCAAGGCAAAACUCCCCCAAAGAACCAAACCUGAGGAUUCAAAGAAGGUGAAUUCUGUUGGAGAACAUACAAAGACAAUGACUGUAAACGUCACUCAUCAGCUUGGCAACUUUGAUGCAGAUGUGAGCGAUAUUUACGAUGAAGAGCUCGGUAGCUGUGAAGACAUGUCAGAGAUGAUUGACUCAAGGACUCCUCAAAAAGCCACUGAAAACUGCAGCCCCUCUCAAAAAUUAAGCAUGGAUUCACCUUUAGAGGUUGAUGUACCAUUCUUUAUUAGCCCAGUCUGUGGAAACAAGAGGCCAUUAGCAACGGAUGAAAAGGAUAUGGGGGAGGAUGAGAAGAGGAGGAAAUCAUCUGACGAGAUGGCUGCUGACAUUGAAGAGGAAUUUAAGUCACAUGUCUAUGUCGCUGUGGACUCUGAUGGCAACAUGACCACGGCUCCAAGCAUGACAACACAGAGCACUGAUUUCUCCAACAGCAGUCACACAGCCAGCAGACAUGAAGCUACAUUUGAGUCAACUUUCAAACAAAGCUUGUUUGAGUCCCAGCUUGAAGGAUACGCCAAUGACGUACAGAGGAAGCUCGCCGAUGGUACCAUCACAGUGCUGGAGUUCUUUAAACUCUUCAACAUCGACUUUGUCAUCCAUAAUCCUCGGCAAAGUGUCCUUCCUGGCAGACUCUUGUCAGACACGGAUCGCACACGGAUGGAUUUACUCAGAGACAGACAUAUCAACCGUCCCAGACAGACCGUGUAUGAGAAGAACAUCCUGGACCUGACAGAAAAAGUAGAAGGGUUAAAGGAGCGAAUGCAGGACCUAGACAAGCCACUGCGGAUUGUCAAUAGAGCUUUAUGGGAGGAAACAAGCAAUUUUUCAGAGAAAGAGCUCAAAUCUUUUGGUGCCAAACUGAAAGAGAGAAAUAACUUCUUCAGAAAGAUGAGUAAAGUGAAGUCGCACGAAAUGAAGGAGGUCUUAUACUCACAACUUGUGCAAGCAAACCUGGAGGAGCAGCAGAAGUUGAGAGGAAGAAUCGAGAAAGCAGAUGAGAUGAUAAAAAGUUUGGAUGACUGCAUUCAUGAGUUAGAGACAGAAAUUGCUGCAGUUGAAGAAAAAGGGACAGACGACUCACCUAGUCAGCAGUCGAUCCAAAAAGAGCUGCAGAAGGUCACAAUGGAACUGGCUGAUCAUGAACGACAAACAUCUGAGCUGGACAUGCAGAAGACCCAGAAUUCAAGUAAACUGAAAAGGGUUAUAGCUGAGACGAAGAACCUUGAGAGCCAUGUGGACAUGCUGAAUGUGGUGAAUGAAUGGAAUUUGGGGGGAAAGACAGAAGACAGCACACUCUACACUUUCUUACACAACACCGUCCACCUAGAGCUGCAGUAUGAGAAAUCAAAUGAAAAUGAUGCAGAAAAUCAGCCUGACAGGAAAAUAUCACACAUUAAGGUCAACCUUCAGCUUGAUGAUGAGAAGUCUCAGGACCACGCACGCCUCGUUCACAAACUUGUCUCCCAGUACAUCAGUGAAGAAACUUCCUGGGUGGAGAAGUAUCCGACAAGUAGACACGUUCCAAAGCUGCUUCAUGAUGUGAGUCUGGUCGUGAGUCGCUGUCGCCUGCUGGGAGAGGAAGUGCGUCUGCUGAAAAUGUGGGGUAGUCUGAGGUUUGAUAUUCUCAACAUCAGCUGUGUAGACACUAACGUGCACAUUGUCUUCAGCAGUCUGAAGAAAAUGUCCAAGUUUGAGGUGACCUUCUCUGUAAGUCUGACCAACAAACUCUGUGUCCUUCAAGUGCAAAGCUUCAGAAACGUGUUCGGAAGCACAACGAUUGAGCAGAUUAAGGAGAUUGUGGCAUCGAUCAGUUCGACAAAGAAACUCUUGACGAAGAUUGUCAAAAAGAGUCAUGAAACUCUGCUCUGCUGAGUCCAGGAUGUACAGUACGCAUGAGGAGAAAAAAAUCUAUCUUAAUUGACUUGUAUAGUUAAAUAAACAAAUGUAAUGUACAUAUCUUGUUUUCCUGAUAUUUGUAUGUAAAUAACUGUUUCUGUGUUUUGUGUUCUCAUGGUGGAAUUAAAACCUGAUCACAAAUAAAGCAUUCAAAGUUG